AUGAGUAUUGUUAACGCCAUUCGUUCUGAUAGUGUACUUGAAUUAGAACACUUGCUCAGGCAGCCGGGUCGAUAUGUAAAUGCGCCUAUCAAAAAUGGCCGACCACCUCUUCAUUUUGCAAUUCAAGAAAAUAAAAAACGCAUUGCUGCAGCUUUGUUGAACAAACAUCACGCCGAUAUCGACAUGACAGAUGAUGACGAUUACACACCAUUGAUGAUUGCCAUUGAUACCAAUAAUCCAGAUCUGGUGAAAUUUCUGAUUGAAAUGGGUGCGGAUACAAGUGGCAAAUACCCAGACGGAAAGACUUACCAAGAAAGUACGGAAAAUGUUAAAAUCAUUGAGCUGCUUCGUGACAAGAAAAAUGUCAAAUAG